AUGAGCACAAUAUUCAUCCUCCCAAAGAGCAUGUUUUGCAAGCAAUCUGUCUAUCUCACCGUAUUGCUGUGCUUGAACAACGUUGGAGGGCUGAACUUGUACAACCUCCCAUUCGAGGCUGCAGACCAGUCUGCCCUACGAGUUGGACCACAGCCCGGCAGCAAGCCAGGAGGGCUGCGGUUACGAGGAGGAAGAGACUUGCUGCGGAUCGAAAGGCUAGAGAAUGACAUGUACAGGAUGGGCAAGCACGUCUUCAACUCUCCCGCAGACGCCUACCGGACUGCUCAGGAGCCCUACUUCGUCAAGGCCCCGGGCUCCAUCUUGAAUCCAGCCCAUUGGUUCACUUUCUUGCGCUACCUGCUCGUCGGAGAUCCUCAGAGGACCGUGGGGAUGAGAAGAGUGAACACUGAUUCACACUCGGGCCCUCUGGUCAUGAUCGACGGGGCUGACGACCUGGCGACUGCCCUGCAAGGUUCCGGCCUCCCACAGCAAGUUCAGUUUGCACUCCAGGCAUUCUUGCUCUACCCCAUCGUCCUUCCCAUAGUGGAGCUCGGCUUCAAGGGGGCAGCAGAUGAUAGGGAGGAGAAUCAGGCAGAGGCCAAGGACGCGAGAGCUGACGUGGAGCUGUUGAAGUCUUCCCUCCUGGCUAUGCUGCUCCCUAACGAGAGUUUGAUGGGAGAGAGCGACGCUUGGGAGGCCAUGCAGAGGCUCAAAAGCAGUGCCGAUGUAGCGACGACGACGACGACGACGACGACGACGACGAUGGAGAUGCCAAAGUUGAUGGGGACGAAGGCAGCUGGAGCACUGGCAGGGACGAGAGUCAACCAGUCCAAGGAGGUUCCAAGGAGCAAGGGAGAGAGGCCCACGGAGGAAGGCAGUAGCACGCUGUCGAAGCAGUACCUCAAGUGGAGCCUCAGGAACAGAUGGCAGAGGAGGAGAAACCAGAUGUUGGUCGGUGAGCACUUCCAGGAUGAGCAGUUCGUCGAGGACGCUAUCACAGUCCUCUCGUUCCUGAUGCACCGGACGAGCCUGGAUGCUCCACUGCAAGGGAAGGGGAGGGAGGAGGAGCUGAGCAUGAGGGAGAAGGACAAGGAAGGGGCAGCAACGGCGCGUGUGCAGGCACACGAUUGGCCCAGUGAGAGCGUCUUGGAGCAGAUGGUUCGCCUGCUGGCAGCGCUUGACGGGGUGGUGACGAAAGCAUGGGAGCCGAGGGUGCGGGCGGACCUGACGAGCCCUCUCGCCAUGUUCGCGACAGCGACUAUGUGGUGGUCGAUGCUGUGUCAUGAGCUCGCAGCCUUCAGCGGCUUCAUCCAGCAGCUCACGCAGACCUCCGCCCUCUCCUCCUUCGCCACCGCUUGCAAGACAGUGGCCAACUGGAUGCUGCCGGUUGGGCAGCUGGGGAUGUCGCUGUACGGGCUGUCGGUGGGGAUCAACGGGGUGCGGGAGGCCUUCGAGCUCGCUGAGAAGAAGGAGAUGGUGCGUGAGUCGAAGAUGCUGGACAAGUUCAGCGAGACGAAGACGAUCCUCCUCCGCCAGCUGUCUCACCUGGCCCAGUCCACCUUCCUGUCCGAGAUCCUUGCCGGCUUCCUGCUCUUCUUCGGGCAGCUGAUGAUGACAAUCGGCUGCCAGGACAUCGCGGGGAAGAUCUACUUCCUUCUCUUCGGGAUCUCCUCCUCGGCCGUCGCCAUCGUCAUGAAGACCUACAUCGAUCUAGACACCGAGAAGAAGUUCGGCUACGACGAGGACAUUCUCUCUGUCCCGCAGAUCCUCAUCAACCAUGUCCCCAAGACCAUCGCUGUCUGCUCCCACCAGUCUGACUUCCGUGCCAUCGCCCUGGUGCAGGCGAAGAGAGAGCGGCUCCUGUGGAAGCUCGCCUGGAUGAAGGCCCUCACGCUCAUCGAUGGGAAGGAGGAGGAGGAUACAAGGAGGAGGGUGGCGGCAGGGGACCUCUACAAGUUCGACUACGACCUGGAGCUGAGAGAAUUUCUCCACAUGAUCCUCACUCACGCUGACUCCUGCUCGAUCUUUACGAGCCUCAAGCGGCUGCACGCGGACUCGAAGCACAAGAGUCGCAGGCAGCAGGACCCUCUCCUCGUUGCCCUGAGCUGCAUCACCGCGAUCAAGGCUCUUCAAGAGCUGCCGAACCCGUCAGGAUGCAUCGACGAGGAUGAGUGCAUUGCCGGAGAGAGCGAGGAAGGAUUCUACGUCAAGGUCGUCGCAGACAAGCUCGAGCAGAACGUCAUGCUGUGGAUGACUUACCCUCGCUCCGAGAUCCUGAACCUGGUCCUGAUGGGCAUGGAAGAUGAGAAACUCAUCGACGAUGUCCACUGCCUCGUUCUCAAGGACAUCCUGGUGGACCAGCGGCUGCCGCAAGCAAGCUUUCCUCUCUGUGGGAGGAGAAGUGCGGGGAGCCGAGGAGAGGUAGAGGAGGACGAACUGCUCUCUUCCUUUCUAGACGUGGUCCCUUGCUACGAGGAGCGAUCGAUCAAGGUCCCGGGAUGGCAGAUCUACAAGUACCGGCACGGCAAGCACGCGUACAAGUUCCUGCAGGCAGAAUUCAUGCUCAGCCUCUACCGCUGCGAGAUCGACUCGCUGCCUCGUCCGCGCCACCAUGCUGUGAAGCUCCUGGCCUCCUCCCUAGAGCGCGGCAUCUUGCGGACCAUCACGUGGGGUUGGAAGCAAAGAAUCCGGUCCAAGAUCGGCUGCUACAACGAGGUGCUGCUGGAGAUGCUCCGCGAGCUCGACCUGAGGAAGAAACUCUUGUCGCCGGCUCUUGGUACAUGA